GCAGCCCGUUGUUUAGGUGAAGGUAACGUGUGAGGCUGUAGGAGGGGCAGCGGCUUCGUGUCCUGCUGCAGGUCCCUGUGACGGGCCGGGCUCCUGACCCGCACGGUUCUCCUGGGUCUAAGGCGCUUUUAGCGCGAACCCCGAUAGGAGCAGCGCAGCUGAAGCCAUAUAUACGAAAGCGUAGGGGCGGGGCGGAGAGCCCUCUGUCAGUCACCGAUUCCCGCCUUCAGCGCGGAGCCGUUCCUUCCCCUGCGCAUGCGCGCUGCUCUCUCGCUGCGUAGCUGGGCGCGCCGGCAGCGUACGAUCCACGCGCUCUGCGUGCCGCCAUGAAGUUCGCUUACCGGUUCUCCGGCCUACUGGGCACCGUGUACCGCCGCGGGAACCUCAACUUCACCCGCGAUGGCAGCUGUCUCAUUAGCCCCGUCGGGAACAGGAUCUCUCUCUUCGAUCUGAAGAAUAAUAAAUGUGAAACGUUCCCGCUGGCCACACGGCACAACAUUGUGUGUGUGGGGCUCUCUCCAGAUGGAAGGCUUGCCAUCCUUGUUGAUGAAGAGGGAGCUGCCUUGCUCGUCAGUUUGAUCGGUAAAUCUGUGAUACAUCAGUUUCAUUUCCACAAGCCAGUACACAGUGUCUCCUUUUCCCCUGAUGGCAAGAGGUUUGUGAUUACAAAAGACAAUGUUGCUCUUCUGUACUACGCUCCUGGGAAGAGACGAGAAUUCAAUGCAUUUGUUCUGGACAAAACUUACUAUGGCCCAUAUGAUGAAACAACUUGCAUUGACUGGACUGAUGAUUCCAAAUGUUUUGCAAUUGGAAGCAAGGACAUGUCUACGUGGGUUUUUGGUGCAGAGAGAUGGGCAAACUUGAUAUAUUACUCACUUGGUGGGCAUAAGGAUAUAAUAGUAGCCUGCUUUUUUGAAGAGGACAGUCUCGAUCUAUACACAGUUAGCCGGGAUGGAGCUCUCUGUGUGUGGCAGUGUGACACAGAGCUUGAUGGUCUGAAGCCCAUGCCCCCUAAAGAAGCUAGGCAAAAGAACAGAGUAAAAGAUGAUGAUGGAUUUCUUGAAGAACCCAAGGGUGAAGAAAUUCAUGGAAAAGCCAAUCCAAAUGAACAGGAGAUAAGAGAGAAGGUUAAAUAUACACGUGUGGCAAAGUAUUUUUUCAAUAAAGAAGGAGAUUUUAAUAACCUGACAUCUGCAGCUUAUCACAAGAAAACACACCUGUUGGUCACUGGUUUUGCUUCUGGAAUCUUUCACCUCCAUGAGCUUCCAGAUUUCAAUCUGAUACAUUCCUUGAGUAUUUCAGACCAAAGGAUAGCUUCUAUUUCUAUCAACUCUUCUGGUGACUGGAUUGCUUUUGGAUGUUCAGGUUUGGGUCAGCUCUUGGUGUGGGAAUGGCAGAGUGAGUCCUAUGUGUUGAAGCAACAGGGCCAUUUCAACAGCAUGGUUUCAUUGGCUUAUUCUCCAGAUGGGCAAUACAUAGUAACUGGAGGAGAGGAUGGGAAAGUGAAGGUGUGGAACACUUCAAGCAGUUUUUGUUUUGUUACUUUUACAGACCAUAGCAGUGGCAUAACUGCUGUAACUUUUACUUCCAGUGGUUAUGUCAUUUUGAGUGCUUCCCUGGAUGGAACAGUGCGGGCCUUUGAUCUGCACAGGUACCGCAAUUUCCGUACCUUUACUUCUCCACGACCAAGUCAGUUCUCUUGUUUGGCUGUGGACUCCAGUGGUGAGAUUGUGUCAGCUGGUUCCCAGGAUUCCUUUGAAAUAUUCAUCUGGUCAAUGCAGAGUGGGAGGCUGUUGGAUGUUUUAUCAGGUCACGAGGGCCCCAUCAGCAGUUUGUCCUUCAACCCAAUGAAGUGUGUUCUCGCUAGUGGCUCUUGGGAUAAAACUGUCAAGUUAUGGGAUAUGUUAGACAGCUGGAGAACUAAGGAGACAUUAAUGUUGAACUCUGAUGUACUUGUUGUUGCUUUUCGCCCCGAUGGCAAGGAGCUUGCAGUUGCUUCUUUGAAUGGACAGAUAACGUUUUGGGAUCAUGAGAAUGCAGUCCAAGUUGGCUCAAUUGAGGGAAGACAUGACCUUCAAAUGGGAAGAAAGGAGCUUGAUAAAAUAACUGCCAAACAAUCAGCCAAAGGGAAAUCUUUUACCACUCUGUGUUACUCAGCAGAUGGACAGUCCAUUUUGGCAGGUGGACUGUCAAAAUUUGUCUGUAUUUAUAAUGUCAAAGAACAGAUUCUUAUGAAAAAAUUUGAGAUCUCGUGCAACUUUUCGUUAGAUGCAAUGGAGGAAUACUUAGAUCGGAGAAAAAUGACUGAAUUUGGCAGCAUGGCUCUGAUAGAUGAAGGCACUGGAGAUGAAGAUGGUGUUGCUAUUCCUCUUCCUGGAGUAAAAACAGGUGACAUGAGUUCUCGACACUUCAAACCAGAAAUAAGAGUAACUUGCCUGCGAUUCUCUCCUACAGGACGAAGCUGGGCAGCUACCACCACCGAGGGUCUUCUUAUCUAUUCACUGGAUGCUGGGUUAAUUUUUGAUCCUUUUGAGCUGGACAUUGAUGUUACACCCAGCAAUAUACGCAAAAAACUGCAUCAGAAAGAAUACACUAUGGCUAUUGUCAUGGCCCUUAAGCUAAAUGAAAAGAAGUUAAUUCAGGAGGUUAUAGAAGCCAUACCUGGUAAUGAAGUUGAUGUUGUCUGCUCAUCGCUCCCAGAUCUAUAUGUGGAAAAGGUGUUGGAGUUCCUGGCCUCUGCCUUUGAGAUAUCUUGUCAUUUAGAGUUCUAUCUUAUUUGGGCUCAUAAGUUGCUCAUGCUGCAUGGACAGAAAUUAAAAACAAGGUCACAGAAGCUGCUCCCCAUGAUUCAGUUUCUUCAGAAAAGCAUCCAGCGUCACUUUGAAGAUGUAUCCAAGCUCUGUGAAUGGAAUAUCUACAAUAUCAAAUAUGCAUUGGCCAUUUCAGAGCAGCGGGGCAUGAAGCGUGUGGCAGAAACAUCAGUAGAUGAAGACGACUUGGAGUCUUCAGACAGUGAUUAUCUUAUGCAAGAAGUUCAUAGUGACAAUUUCAGUUCCUAGUUAUUCUUCAUGGGAGAAAACCUAAGACAACGUAAAUUUAUGCAGUGGUAUUCACUGGGACUGAGUGGCCCUCAUAGUGGCAUAAUUUAGUUCUUUUUAACAGUGUGGGGUGGGCUUGCAUGUGGAUUACAGAAGUGGGAGAGAUUUAGGAGUGCCACCUGAGCUUUGUGUAACCUCUGUCCAUAACACCAAUGACUGGUUGCUGAUUUCUUCGUUUUUUUUCAAUUGUUCUCAAUUUCAGGUAAGAUAAAAACGUGUUUUUAUCUGUGAAGUUAGAGGUAUGACUGGAAGAAAUGCAUACUUUAUUAAAAACACAUUUUGUAUAGGUUAAGUAUUGAGAAUUAAUUUUAAUGUGGCCUUGUCAUACUUUGUGAUGGACUCUUUUUUACCUCUGUUUUUAUGUCAUUCUUAAUGGGAGGGGCUGCUUAUUGCUCUCAAUUUGUUUGAUUUUUUUUUUUUUGUUAUAAUACAUGCAUACUAUUAAGCACUGUUAGGAAUAAGUGGACCUGGUUUUCGUGGUUAUGUAACUUCCAAUCCUUGUUUCUUAACAUGAAAAUUGGAAACUUCUGUUUUCUUUGCUUUUAGGAAUUGGCCUGAGAAUUGGCUAAUAAUGACGUUGAGGUUCUGAAUAAAAAGAACAAUAUCUGUAUUUGUGUUGUUUUCAAGCCAUAUGUUGAAAGGGCUUUGAUUUAAGGUGCAGCAAAUAAUAACAAUGAGCCAGGAUUGAUUUUGUUUUCAGUAUAUUCUGUUCUUCUGGAUUAAUUUUCUGGUCUCUUUCUACUCUUGGAAAAGAGGUGUGAAUAUGGAAAAGUGUUGCAGAAAAAAAAUAAGUUCAAAAUAUACACCAGACACAUGCAGUCUGUUCUAAGAUUUCAAUAUGUAAAAUUAACAUACACUCACGACUUAAAUGAAGCAUACCAAAUGUUUUUAUUUUUUUAAUUAUUUUUUUC